AUGCUCAUCGGCUCUAUUCGGGUGCCCGAGACUGAUUGCCAGCCCGUUCCCGAUCCCGCCGUCAGCACUACCCUUCCUACCUUCGGAGGUGGAGGCAUGACUACGCUGGGAGAUACUCUUCUUCUCGAGACCUUGGCCCAUUUCAACCGAGAGAGGAUUCCGGAGAGAGUCGUCCAUGCCAAAGCUGCCGGUGCCUGGGGUGAAUUCCAGGUUACAAAUGACAUCUCCCAUCUUACAUGCGCGAAAUUUCUCAAUGGCGUCGGCAAGAAAACCCAAGUCCUAUUCCGACUGAGUACAACUGGUGGUGAGAAGGGCAGCGCGGAUACCGUCCGUGAUGUUCGUGGUUUCUCCGUCAAGUUCUUCACCGAGGAAGGCAAUCAUGACAUUGUCGGCAACCAUGUUCCCGUUUUCUUCGUUCGUGAUCCCAUCCGUUUCCCAUCCUUGAACCGAAGCCACAAGAAACACCCAGCUACCAACCGACCGGACUGGAGCAUGUUCUGGGAUUUCCACGUCAAUCAACCGGAAAGUGUGCACACCCUGAUGCAUCUCUUCGGCUCCCGCGGUAUCCCAGACUCGAUCCGCCGCGUGACAGGCUUCGGCGUACACACCUUCAAGCUAGUGGCCGCCGAUGGCAAGUUCCGGUACUGCAAAUUCCACUUCCGUCCAGUUCAGACUAUGACCAGCAUGACUCCUGAUGAUGCUACUCGCAUGGCGGGUGUCAAUGCGGACUUCCACAACCAGGACCUCUGGGAUGCCAUUGCGCGCGGCCAAUACCCCGUUUGGAAGCUGUACAUCCAGGUCAUGGAACCUGAACAGGCGGAGACCUACGGUCGUGCCGUCUUCGACAUUACUAAGGUCUGGCCGCAUAAGGAAUUCCCGCUCGUUGAAGUCGGGCAGAUGACAUUGAACAAGAAUCCGGAGAACUACUUUGCCGAAAUCGAGCAGGCCGCGUUCUCACCUUCAAAUAUGGUUCCUGGUGUUGCAAUGACGCCGGAUCCCGUGCUCCAAGCCCGUAUGUUCGCCUACCCCGACGCCCAACGGUACCGUCUCGGUGCAAACUACACCCAGCUGCCUCCGAACCGCGCCAUCUGUCCGGUCUACGCGCCGUUCGAGCGUGAUGGAAAGGGCACAAUCACGAAGAACUACGGCGGAGACCCGAACUAUGUACGCAGCACUCUGACGCCCGGUGUGGUCACCCAAACAGUGCAGGAAGUGCGACACAGCGAGUGGCUUCGAUCCGCAGCGGUUCUAGGUCUGAAUGAAAUUCCCGUCGAUGAUGAGGACUUUGUGCAGCCGCGCGAGCUCUGGACCAAGGUGUUCGACGAGACGGAGAGGCGCAAGUGGGUAGCGAAUGUAUCUGAGACUUUAGAGGAAGUGCCGCCUCAGAUUCGGGAGGGUACCAUUGCGAUGUUUAGUCGGGUAGACCCGAAGAUCGGACAGAUGAUUGCAGCCAAGUUGAAGGGAAGUGCACGGUUGUAA